AUGCGACGAGUUCCGACAGAGAAGCGGCCCAACGCCACACGGCUGUUGCAGAUGCAAGGCCUGGUGUUCUGCAAGGAUUCCAAGGAGGGCGAUGCGAAUGACGAGCCGUAUUGGCCGGAUGAUCGUUACUACUCCUUCACCAGCGAGGAAACGACAUUGCUAGAGAAAGCCGCCACCGAUGUGUUCGACAUGUGCUGCGAGGCGGCCGACUAUUUGGUGGAGCACCCAGAGAUGAUCACGGGCAGGAUGGCCGUGCCAGCCUUUGCGUUGAAGCAGAUCAAGGAGUCCUGGGACCGCGAACCCGCAUGGGGGAGUGUCUAUGGCCGAUUCGACUUCUGUUUUGGCGGUCUUGACCAUCCCGACCCCCAGUUGAGGACCCCAAAGUGCUACGAGUUCAAUGCUGACACUCCCACGUCGAUCAUUGAGUCUGGGUCAUGCCAGUGGUGGUGGAUGGAACAGAAGGGAGAGGGGAAUGACCAGCUCAACUCGAUCUACGAGAAACUCGUCGACGCAUGGAAAAGGAACCUGGCUCUGGUGGAGGAAAAGUUGGGUCACCGCCCCAAAGUCCACUUCGCCACUGGCCAGGGAGAGCCCUCGGGAGAGGACGCCAUGAGUACAUUGUAUAUCUCGACGGCGUGCCAAGAGGCCGGCUACGAGACCAAACGGAUAUACAUGGAGCACAUAUCUCUAUCCAAGAAGGACGGGCGCUUCUACGACCUGCAGGGAGAACACAUCGAUGUCAUUUUCAAACUGUAUCCUUGGGAGUGGAUGGUGGAGCAGAAGUUCGGAGAAGCUGCGUUCAAAGACAUGGAGACUGUCGGCCAACGGAACGAAGCAGGGGGAUAUAUCGGCGGUACCAUCUGGUUUGAGCCUCCAUACAAGAUGCUCUGGAGUAACAAGGCUCUGAUGGCAGUUCUCUGGAGUAUAUUCAAAGAUGAUCCGAGGUCACAGUGGCUUUUGCCCACCUACUUCGAGGACGAGGCCCCGCAAUCACUGAAGAGUUUCGCCCGCAAGCCCAUCUUCUCGCGCGAGGGCUGGGGGGUGACUCUGGAAGAAAAAGGCAAGGUGGUCUCCGAAGUGAAGAGCGAUGGCUACGGGAAAGAGGGAUACAUCGUGCAGGAGCUGGCGAUGCUGCCGGCUUUCGAAAAUGAAGAAGGUACUGCAUACUAUCCGUUGCUGGGGCUUUGGAUGAUCGAUGGAGAAGUGGGAGGCAUGGGCAUCAGAGAGGACAAGUCAACUAUAACCGGGAAUGCUUCCGUCUUCAUCCCCCACACGAUCUCGGACGGCCCCGUAAAGUACGAGAGGAAGCCUGUACCGGACGUCGACGAGAUUGAGGCCGGGUUGAAGCUGGAACGGCUGCAGUUGCAGGACAAGUCAAAUGGUGUGCUGGAGUACAUUGGAAGUGUUGUUGUGGCUUAA